AUGGCCAAUACAUCAUCAGAGGCCCUCGAGGUCCUCAAAAGCCUGGAGCAGGAACAAGGCGACUUGAGGAAACACCUCGCGAUCAUCCGCAUCAGCGAGCCCAUCUCCGCCGAAGCCGUGGACUCGAAUGCAUCCCCUGCGAAGCGUGGCUCUGAUGUUUCCGUGUCGAAUCUGAACGACCCGACCCCCGCAUCUCUCGAGGCGGAUCUCACCCAUUACAAAGAACUCUUUUCAAAGCUGCGAUUUUCUUACCUCGAGCAAGUCACCAAAGAAAAAUUCCUGCGCGCCAUUGUCGGCGAUCCACCGGUUGUGGUGGGACACAAUGAGAACGUGGAAUUGGAGACACAGCUGGCGGAAGUGAAGGCGGAGCUCAAGGCGAGCAAGGAGGAGGCGAGUGCUAUGAUCGCCGAAAUGGAGAAGAUGGGCCGGAAUUUGGCCAGUCGAUACAAAACGGUCCAGCUUCAAAUGACACAGCUCUCUACGCUUCCCGACGCUAUCCAGAACCUGGAAUCUACAAUCGCCGGCCUUCGUGCCCGACAGGUUGCGAAUAUGGAUUCCGCUGACCCUAGCAUUACCUCCUCGUCCCAGAACCUGCCUUUGCCUGCAACUCUGACGCGGCUCUCAGAGCGCGAGGCGGAAUUGGCGGCGCUGAACCGACAAUUGGCGGCUGUCCAGAACACAUUACCACGGAAGACGCGAGAGGCAGAGGCAAUGGAGCGAGAGAUCAGCGUGCUUGAGCGACGGAAGGAGGAGACAAUUGCCCAAGCCCGUGAGGCGCAGCGGAAGAAGCAAGAAGGAGAAAGCGACGGGCUGGAGGAGAUGGGGCGGUGGUAUAGAGGUGCGGAGGAAACGCUCAAGGAAAUCGUGGACGUGGAGGGCUGA